AAAGCGAUACAGGUUCUUGACCAGUCGCGCAACAUUGCCUUUCACUUCGCCCAGUGGUCUGGAGAAUGGCAGAUAAACCUCUGGAUGUUAGCACGGAUGGGGGGCAGGAGCUGUCCCGUCAGAGAAGAAUGUGGAGACAUUUUCAAGAGAAAACCAAACCAUUUUUAAGUCCUAAACUGGGCUCAGAACGCCGCAGUGCAGACGGCAAGAAGGAGACGGGAAUGUGGAUGUUUAGACGGAAAAAGAAGGAGGUUUUGGACCGAGUCUUCUCUUCCUCCCAGCCUAAUCUUUGCUGCUCAGCCCCUCCGAACCUUGAUGGCGAGAAGUCCCUCUGCAGCAAACCGGACCCUGCUUGCAGCCAAGCGCAGGCGAUGCCACAGCUCGGAAGCACGGAUGCAGAAACAACCAGCAAGACUGAGAUGUUGGGAUCUGGAAGUCCGAAGCCCACGAUCUCGCACUUGGUGCUGUCUCACCAAAAAAGCUCGUCUUUGGGCUCGGCUUGUUUCGAAAGACUGGUGGUGGAUCCUGAUAGUGGUGACGGAGAAGAACAGCUACGGAAGAAUUCCAGUGAUUCGGGCAUCAAUAUAGUCGGACCAAGUAAUGCAGAUCCUCCACUGCCGGCUCCAGGCAUGUAUCAGCUGGACAUUCUGCUGAAGAAGGGGAAUAAUUUAGCCAUCAGGGACAGGAGAGGAUCAAGCGAUCCGUAUGUCAAGUUCAAAGUCGCAGGGAAAGAAGUGUUUCGCAGCAGGACCAUCCAUAAGAACCUGAACCCAGUGUGGGACGAGAAAGUCACCCUGCUGGUAGACAGCCUUCGGGAGCCUCUCUAUGUCAAGGUGUUUGAUUAUGACUUUGGGCUUCAAGAUGACUUUAUGGGAUCGGCCUACUUGUACCUGGACUCUCUGGAGCACAAAAGGACACUAGAUGUGACGCUGGAUCUGAAAGACCCCCACUAUCCCGACCAUGACCUCGGGACGCUGGAGCUGGCUGUCACUCUGUCGCCAAAAGAGGGCGAUUUCAGAGAAGCUACCAUGCUUUUGAGACGGAGCUGGAAACGAUCCAGUAAGCAACAGCAGCAGAGUCUGAGGCUGUCAGAGCUGCACAGGAAGUCCCAGCUGUGGCGGGGCAUCGUCAGCAUCAGCCUGAUCGAGGGCCGCAACCUCAUGCCCAUGGACACCAACGGCCUGAGCGACCCCUACGUCAAGUUCCGGCUCGGCCACCAGAAGUACAAGAGCAAGACCGUGCCUAAGACGCUCAACCCCCAGUGGAGGGAGCAGUUCGACUUGCACCUGUAUGAGGAGAAUGGCGGCUUUCUCGAAAUCACUGUUUGGGACAAAGACGCUGGCAAGAGAGAUGACUUCAUUGGCAGAUGCCAGCUGGACCUGUCGGGCUUGAGUAAGGAACACACCCACAAACUGGACCUGCCCCUGGAGGAGGACAAGGGAACUGUGGUGCUUCUGGUGACCCUCACGGCCUCCGCGGCCGUCUCCAUCUCUGACCUGUCCGUCAACAUGCUGGAUGACCCACAGGAGCGCCGCGAGAUACUCAGCCGAUAUAGCUUGCUAAGGUCAUUCACCAACCUGAAGGAUGUGGGGAUGGUGCAGGUGAAGGUCAUUGGAGCUGAGGGCCUGAUGGCAGCAGAUGUCACAGGCAAAAGUGACCCCUUCUGUGUGGUGGAGCUCAGCAACGAUCGGCUGCAAACGCACACCGUCUACAAGAACCUCAACCCAGAGUGGAACAAGGUCUUCACCUUCAAUGUGAAAGACAUCCAUUCGGUACUAGAAGUCACAGUUUAUGACGAAGACCGAGACAGAAGCGCCGACUUUCUUGGCAAAGUGGCUAUCCCCUUGUUAAAAAUUCAAAAUGGUGAGCGGAAAGCGUACGUCUUGAAGAACAAGGAGCUGACAGGCCCGACCAAGGGGGUCAUCUUCCUCGAAACAGACGUGAUUUUUAAUACCGUGAAAGCUGGCCUCAGAACCUUGGUGCCAAUCGAACAGAAGUACAUUGAAGAGGAACCCAAAGUUUCAAAACAGCUGCUGCAGCGGAACUUCAACCGAGUGAAGCGCUGCGUCAUGUUCGUCAUCAACACAGGCUACUACAUCAACAGCUGCCUGGAGUGGGAGUCCCCUCAGAGGAGCAUCUGUGCCUUCAUGCUCUUCGUCCUUGUGGUGUGGAACUUCGAGCUCUAUAUGAUUCCGCUAGCGCUUCUGUUGCUGUUGGCCUGGAACUACUUUCUCAUCAUCUCGGGGAAGGACACACGCCAGGGCGAUGUGCAAGCACUGGAGGACCUGCUUGAAGAGGAGGAUGAGGACGAUGAUGACAAGGACUCAGAGAAGAAAGGCUUCAUGAACAAGUUGUAUGCCAUUCAGGAUGUGUGUGUCAGUGUACAGAACGCACUGGAUGAAGUGGCCUCCUACGGAGAGAGGAUAAAGAACACUUUCAACUGGACCGUGCCUUUUCUGAGCUGGCUUGCCAUUACUGCACUGUUUGCAGGCACUUUGGUUAUCUACUUCAUUCCUCUCAGAUACAUUGUGUUGGCAUGGGGUGUGAAUAAAUUCACGAAGAAACUGCGUGACCCCUACUUAAUUGAUAACAACGAACUGCUAGACUUCCUCUCCAGAGUUCCCUCAGAUGUUCAAGUGGUGCAGUUCCAAGAGUUGCCGCUGGAUCCCAGUCACAGCCCGAAUAAAAGGAAGAAAAACAAUCCGGGGUAGUCCACAUCCCUCCAUCCAAGUCAAUGCUCCAAUUUUCUUUUCUCCUUCUGCUAAUGUUUUUUUUUUUGUAAAUGAUGUAUACAAUUGUUGUACUUGUAAUUAACAUUGUAAAAAAACUGUAUCAAAAUUAUCAUCUUUACUCUUCCUAUUAUUUUGUUUACUUGUGUGGAGAAAAGGUCCAAUAUAGGGAAGAGUCUGGCAGGCAAUGGAGAUCACUUUGUUCAAGUUACUGUGCAGAGGCAAGGAUUGCUGAUUGAUUGCUCAGCAUUUCCAAAUGCACGUGUACACACACACACACACACACACGCACACACACACACAAAAAUGAGCUGAAAUUAUGGUCGCCUAAGGCUAAGGUGAUAUCCCCCACCCCAGGUGCUGGGCCUCCAAAUUGUUGAGGUUAUCUCUCUUUUAAAAACUAACUGUAAGUAUCCCAGAGGUUGACUGUGUAGGUUUUCAGUGUCAUCCAUCGAUGUGAAAUGUCAGAACACGAUCUGUAGAAGAUCCCCAGGGCUCUUUCAUAACAUCUGUUUAGAUCGAGCACACUGCCCCUGAAUGUUUACUUUAAAUACAACCCAACCAUCCCCCCUAUACGCAGAAUCCACAUUAUCAAGGACUUCUGUCUCAUAUCUUUUCAUUUUUUAUUCCUCUUGAAGGGACAUAUUUGAAUCUCUAUUGUGUGCACUGGGCUGUAUGUAUAAUAAAUGUGUAUUAUUUUAGUACAUGU